CAUCAUAAGGAAGCACUGUGGCGUGUGGCCGCCAACGCUUGCUGGGCGUUUCCACGGCAUGCUAGCGAGCGGGCGCGAGGCGUUGCUGUUGACCCGUGUUGGGCGUGUGGGGUUGACAUGCAGGAUGGGGACCGGCGUCACUGGUUUUGGGACUGCACUGUUGCGCUGUCCCUGCGGGAAAACAUGGGAAUGGCUAUGGGUUUCGUGCCAGAGGAUGCUCUAAGUGCCUUCUCUCGUGAGGAGUUGUGGUCGGUGCGCCCGCCUGCGGGGCUUGCGCCACCUGUGUGGGACGUGGUGUGUCUCGCUGCUAUGUCUGCCCUGGACUUUGGUCGGCAGCGUAUCGUUAUGGCCGGGCUGGCGGCGCGAGCGAAGCUGCCGUCGGCCCGGGUGCUGAGCAUUGGACUUGCCGUCGUAGCUGACUUCUGGGGUCGUCUCCAGACGUUUGUGACUUUGGGUAUCAGGCCGAAGGGUUGGGACACUGUGCCGUCUGCGCAUCCUUUCAUCUCUCGGGCUGUUGGUGACGACAUGGUUUUGCGCUUGCCGUAUGACGCUGAUUCCCCGCCUCCCUCGCCGUGAGAGGUUGUGCGUGGCUGGUGGCUUUGUGUGUGGGCAGGAUGCACGCGUGGGCGACCGUUCUAGUACCUGGACGCUUGCGCCCUGGUUAGUGCGUGCGCUGUGCGUGUGUCCUGCGGCCUAGACGUUUCCCGGCACUUCUGUGCCUAGGCUUGUGACGUUGAGGCACAGCGGUGGGGCUCUGGCGGGUUGAGGCUUGGCUAGGACUCACUGUGCGCGGAGUCACACGGACUUUGCCCGCGGGAGGGUUUGCAGCAAAGUCGGGGUUGGUGGAGUCAUGUUGGGCCCUGAUAGCAUGUGAUGGCUCGGCGUCUUCGGAUGCUGGGACUGUCCCCUCUGUAACAUCCGCAUUCUUACCGCGCUAGGUACAAGUUAGGCCCCUCUUGCGGUUGAUGUGGCUCGCUUAGGCGUAUUGGUGAGGUGAGGGGGGGUGAGGUAAGCUGUGGCGGUAGCAAGCAGGGCAGGUCUGGACACCGUACCAGUGUGUCACUAAAGAGGAGCCGAGCAUGGGCUGCCUGCAGCAAUUGAACGCGUGGCGAACAUCGCUGCGCAUCAGUCUUCCAUUGUCGCACGGCGGCGUUGCAGGAGGCCAUGCAUGCCCCGAUGUUGGCCACACCGCAAUCACAGGUCAGCUCGCACGGCUGUAGACCAUGAGACUGCAUGUGUGCACGGGCGCUCGAGCAGUAUGCUAGCACCUUGGCUAACGCAGUACACAGCCAGGAACGCGGCACGGGUUGGGGGAGAGAAACACUGACUGGGGCUGGACUGCUGAUUGGAACCAAGGGGGGGGGGGUGCCACUUCCAGCACGAAAUCGGAGGCUCUAGGACGCAGAGUGGGGGUGGGGUGGGGUGCUUGCACCCAAGAGCUUGUUCACGCCCUUGCGAGCAUAAUAGCUUAUACAUUUCAAGCUCGACGCUACGCCGCCCAAGCCAUAGCGUAGCUUUGCUCACAUCCCCAGAGGUAUGCCGUAUACCGUACGUGCCCUUAAAAGCGUGUUCUGGUUGCGACUGCUUGAUGCAAGUCCUACUGCAAGCUGGCCGGCGUGAUGCCGUGAUCUUGGCAACCUGGCCCGCGCCGGCUGCAGGAUGGACUGCAGGUUCACAGCGCCUACAUGGAUUGUUCAUGACUCGUGUGCUGAUAGCUGGCAGGUCCUUUGCAGCUGGUCCCGGCUGUGCUUGACAUAGUUGUCCCC